AUGGUCGAACUGCUGAUAUUGGAAUUUGAUACGAACGAGAACUACGAACACAUAUUUAUACGGGUUAACAGCAAUACGCAUAAAAUUACAGGUUCAUACACAGAUAUACACACUUAUCUAUUUUAUCACAUUCUUUUCACUAUCUAUCUAUCUAUCUAUCUAUCUAUCUAUCUAUUCCUACACAACGAUAGGCAUCGCCGCAUAUCUAUCUAUCUAUCUAUCUAUCUAUCUAUCUAUCUAUCUAUCUAUCUAUCUAUCUAUCUAUCUAUUUCAUCUGUUCAUAUCUAUCUAUCUAUCUAUCUAUCUAUCUAUCUAUCUAAACAACAUAUUUCAGUCUAUCCAUAUCUAUCUAUCUAUCUAUCUAUCUAUCUAUCUAUCUAUCUAUCUAUCUAUCUAUCUAUCUAUCUAAGUCUGUCUAUCUAUCUAAGUCUGUAUCUAUCUAUCUAUCUAUCUAUCUAUCUAUCUAUCUAUCUAUUUCAGUCUGUCCAUAUCUAUCUAUCUAUCUAUCUAUCUAUCUAUCUAUCUAUCUAUCUAUCUAUCUUAGCCUAUUCAUAUCUAUCUUUCCAAAUCCUAUCCUUGCUUAGUGCUGCUCAGUUAUUGUUGACCCUCGUUUCCAAUUUUCAUAUUUUCUUCCUUUUCUUCUCCAAUUUCGUUCUCCAUUCACAUUUUUAUAUGAUUCAAAUGUUAAAUCUAUCUAUCAUUAGAAUUUCUUUUACGAUUUUCAUCGCUGCAUUUUGA